AUGCCGGGAGCAUUCGAAGAUUUGCUGAAUAAGUCGGAUCGGUUGACGCUACCAUCUAAAGUCAUUCCGAAAGCAUCGUCAGGAUCAUCGUACAAAACCCGUGUCGAUCUUGCAUUAAAUGAUGUUUUCCGACGCAGUGAAGAUUUAUGGAAAAGAAAGACCCCUGCCGAGGAACGGUUAUCUGAUAUAGAAAUGGGUUUAUUAUUGGGUGGAAAAGGCUUCUCACUUAGUUCAGUACCACAAAUGCAAGAAGGGCCAAGUGAAAAUGAAGCAGAAGUAAAGCCUUCGUCAGAUUGCCAACACAUGUUAAAUGAAAUUGUUGCUGAAACUUCGAUGCGUACUCGUCUGGAAGCUGAAAGAGCAUUCAUGAAUCAACGUGUAGUGGAUCAAGCAUAUACGACGGCUAAAUCUUUAAAGAAAACUACUCCUUCUGCUAUUUCAUCUUCCAAAGUAACACACUUGGAUUCCACGACUUCCAUCAAACCUGGUGACAGUAUAGAAUUAACAUUCGCUAAGGGUGUUUCUGAUUACAUAGUUGAAAAGAAAGAGGAUAAGUUGGCUAUGGCUUUCAAAGAAGCUGCAUCGAAAUCACGUGAUGAUGGGAUAGUCGCAUUAUGGGGACAGGCACUUGCUCCACUGAAUCACCAAUUUGUUGUUACUGGUACUGCCAAAAAUUUCCGCUCUUCGAUUUCCUGGAUGAAGCACAUCAUUGAUACAACUUUGGAAUUUCUUCACAAGAAUUUUACUUCGUAUAUGGAAACAGUUGUGGAAAAUAAUUUAGCAGUCGCUCGAAGAGGUGGUAAUCCAACAAUGUUAUCGCUUAUCGAUGCUUUUCUAAAUGUGAAACAUUUAAAACCAACUCAGCGACACACUCAGGAUGGCGUGUAUGGACCAAAUGGACAUGCCCUUUGGGAGAUUGUUUAUUAUUGCUUGAGAGCUGGAGAACUGCAGUCUGUUGCAAAAAUAGCUGAUUCACAUUUGAAAAACUUACCCUCAUGUGCAGCUGUAACAGUUGCUCUGCUUCAUCUUGAAAAAAAUAAAAAGCUUUCUGCUGAUAUUCGACUAAAAGUGAAAGCGGAAUGGCGUUGUGAAUCGCGUUCGUUUGUGGAUAUUUACAAAAAAGCAGUAUAUUGUGCUUUGCUUGGUGGUGAUGUACCUGAAGUUUGCAAUAAUUUAGAAAAUUGGCUUUGGUUGAAAUUAUAUCCAUGUGGUAUAGAUCCUGCACUUUCGCCUGCAGUUUUCAAAGAGCUUCAGCGACUUAUAUCCGUCGACUAUGGUGAAAACUACUUUGUCGGUAGUGAUGGAAGUGUAUUAAUUUAUUUUCAAGCAUUAUGGUUAACAGGACAGUAUGAACGUGCGAUAAAUCUACUAUAUAGAAAUAAUAUGUUGAUGCAUGCAAUUCAUAUGGCCAUUUUAUUAUUUCUCAACGGUGUGCUGAUUCUUGUUGAUGAUAUUGGCCAUUCAAUACUGUUCAGUCAGCAAGAAGACCCAGUACAAAGUUCUCUCAAUUUUUGUCGCCUUAUUUUGCUCUAUGUGAAAGGAUUUGAAUGUACUGAUGUUGAACGUACUUUGGAUUAUGCAUAUUUUUUAAACAAGAUGGAAUCACCUGUUGGUGGGAAUUUAUUUUACUCUUGCAUUUCUCGUACGAUUUAUUUGACUGAUGAAACAUGGCGAAUUAUUGGGAAAAUUAAUGAAAAAGGUGCUCGACAUGAAGGUUUAAUCGAUAAAUACGCCAAAGAUAUCGAUAUAGAAGAUGCUAUCGCAAAAGUAGCCUCAGAUACUGAAGUUAGCGGUGAUGGAACUCUUGCUGGACAACUUUAUGUGGCUGCUAAUCAUGUCGAUGACGCAAUACGAUUGGCUUGCGAAGGUUUAGCUAAAGAGAUAAUUCAUUACAAGGAUGCCGGUGAAGCUCGUGAGCUUGCGCUAUGGAUUGCAAAUAUUUGCAAACAUUCGACGACAACAGCUCGAAAGAAUACAUUGGAUGCACUUCCAACUUUAUAUCUUUUGCUUGACUUGUCCACGUUUUUCCAAUUUUAUCAUGACAGGAAAUUUGAAGCAUGUAUGGAAAUAAUAAAGAAACUGAAAUGCAUACCGAUGAAUCCAGAUGAGGUGCAAGCAUUUGUAUCUACGUUUUACAUGGUCUCUGAUCAAAUACGGCUAGUGCUACCAGAUUUAUGCGUGGCAGUAAUGAAAUUGUUAGCGGAAGAAUUAGAUCGUAAUCCAGCAGCAAGUGAUCAACUUAGACCAUCAGCCAAAGCAAUUAUUCUGUAUGUUGCGAUGAUUCCAUAUCGAUUUCCCUCACAAAUUAGUACACAAAUUUUGCACUUAAGCACUAUUUUUGAAUGA